AGACCUGCUGCGGAUAUGGGUACGGCCUGGCACGAGAAUCACGAGUCUCCGUCGGAUUUUCAAGGGCCGGCGAGAGCGCACCGGACACCGCAAGAGCCGCGGUGCUUUACGGGAACCCCUUUUCCCCUAUCUCCGGGCAAGCCGAUUCCAGGGAUUGGGUCCCUUACAAAGAAAAGAGAACUCUUCCCGGGGCCCUCGCCGACGUCUCCGACUUCGUUUGCGUUACCGCACGCGACCCUUGCGGGCCAAUCUCCGUGUCCAGGUUCGGGAAUAUUGACCCGACUCCCUUUCGAUGGAAUACGGGCAAAACAUUUUUUUUUUUCGAGCAAGGCAUUGCCCCCGUUUCAGAACGGAGCUCUCCUAUCUCUUAGGGCCGACUGACCCAUGUUCAACUGC